UAAAGAAAUCGAAACAAAGCUUAAACUGCUGUAUGUCUGUCUAUCUGUGAGUACACGUACUGCAAUGGCAGGAACUAGUAUCUCAAUGGCUCAGUUAAGUUGUUCAAUUUGUCUGAAUCUACAGAAGGAUCCAGUGUACCUUACCUGUGGACACAGUUACUGUAUGAGCUGUAUUACAGGCUGCUGGGAUCAGGAUGAUCAGAAGACAAUCUACAGCUGCCCUCAGUGCAGACAGACCUUCAAUCCAAGACCUGUUUUAGGUAAAAACACCAUGCUGGCUGAAGUACCAGAGAAUCUGAGGAUGAUAAAAGUACAAGCUGUUCAACUUGAUCACUGUUAUGGUGACUCUGGAGAUGUGGAGUGUGACGUCUGUAUUCAGGAGAAAUACAAAGCCAUCAAGUCCUGUCUGGUGUGUCUGCAAUCUUACUGUCAAAACCAUUUUGAAUCUCAUGAAGAACUUCACCCAGGAAAGCGACAUAAAGUCACUGAUGUCACUGGACAACUGCAGAAAAUGAUUUGCAGUAAACAUGAUAAACUGAAGGAAAUUUUCUGUCGUAACGAUCAGUCCUGUAUAUGUUAUUUGUGUAUGUUGGAUGAACACAAAAACCAUGACACCGUAUCAGCUGCAGCAGAGAGGACUGAGAAACAGGCAAAACUGGUUGAGAUACAAAGAAAAUUUCAGCAGAGAAUGCAGGAGAGAAAGAAGGAACUUGAGGAGCUGAUAAAGACUGUAGAGUCUUAUAAGCGCUCUGCACAGACAGCAGUGGAGGACAGUGAGAGGAUCUUUACUGAGCUGAUCCUCUCCAUUGAGAGAAGUCGAUCUGAGGUGACACAGAUGAUCAGAUAUCAAGAGAAGGCUGCAGUGAGUCAAGCUGAAGGACAACUGAAGCGACUGGAGCAGGAGAUUGAAGAUCUGAGGAGGAGAGAUGUUGAGCUGGAGAAGCUUUCACACACAGACAAUCCCAUCCAUUUCCUCCAGAGUUUCCAGUCUCUCCCACCUCCUUCUGGAUCUACAGACUUACCCAAAUUCACUGCCAGUUCUCACUUUUCUUUUGAUGAUGUUGGUAAAUCUAUGUCUCAUCUAAGAGAACUUCUUGAGCAUUUCUGCAGAGAGGAGGUAGAAAAGAUUCUUGGUAAAGCAAAGUAUAUUGAGAUCAUUCCAACCCCUGAAUUCAAGACAAGGGAAGAGUUUCUAGAGUAUUUUUUCCGGUUAACAGUCAAUUCAAACACAGUUCAUAAAAACCUCCAUCUGUCAGAAGGAAACAGAGUAAUUACUUACACUGACACAGACCAGCCAUACCCUGAUCAUCCAGACAGAUUUGAUUCUCUGCAGCAAGUGUUGUGCAGAGAGAGUGUGUGUGGACGCUCUUACUGGGAGGUGGAGUGGAGUGGUCGAGUGGAAAUGUCAGUGUCAUACAAGAGCAUCAACAGGAAGGGACAUGAUGAUGAUUAUGAUGACAAAGAGAACAAAAAUGAAGACUAUGAAAAAGAUGAUAAUUAUGACAUGUGUGAGUUUGGACGUAAUGAUCAAUCCUGGUGUUUGUUCUGCUCUGACUCCAGCUGCUCAUUCUGGCAUAAUAAUAAAGGGUCUAAACUCCCUGAAGUCUCCAGCUCGUCUAGAAUAGGAGUGUAUGUGGAUCACGGUGCAGGAACUCUGUCCUUCUACAGCGUCUCUGACACAAUGACCCUCAUUCACAGAGUCCACACCACAUUCACUCAGCCUCUCUAUGCAGGGUUUCUGAUUUAUGAUGACUCAACUGUGAAAUUGUAUGAGAUAUAAAAAUGGGCUCAUACAGUAAACUGUAAAAAUAAUAACAUGGUUUAAUCAAUAAACCAAUAUACAGCUGAACUUAUGUUAUUGAAUACAAGUUCUUUACAUAUUAUUAGAAUUGAAAUAUCAUCAGAUAGAUUUAAUAAUGGUUAUAAUAAAUAAUAGGACCUAUUAUCGUUUAUGUUACAGACACUAUGGAAUAAAAUGUUUUCCCAACAAGUUUGUUGCAUUGUAAUU